CAUAGUACAGUAAUAUGUGGAAAAAAUCAUGUAAAAAAACUAGUACUUUAUGUUAAACUAAAAGACUUAAAAGUCUUGAAAAGUUUUGGAUAUUUGAAAAGGUGUGUAUAUUGUUAAAUUGUAAGAUUAUUGUACCCAAAGCAGGAUAAGAAAAGUAAAACAUAAAUGACCCUGUUGGCUUCCCAUAGCUCCCGAAAGGUUUCAAGUUCACGCUCUCUCCAUUUGCGAGAAGUGUACUGUAGUCGUCUUCAGGACACCUUUGAAACCAAAAGUCAAUGCGAUAUUCUUCCGUCGUUAACUUGCAGCAGAGCAUGAAGGCGCUAACAUUUGGACUAACUCUUGUUCGACAUGGAGAGACACAGUACAACAAAGAAGGCUUGCUACAAGGUCAGCUCAUCGACGCCCCCCUGUCAGAGAGCGGACUGCAGCAGGCCGAGGCCGCAGGCUGCUACCUGAAACACGUCCUGUUCAGCAACGUGUUCGUCAGUGACAUGUUGCGGGCCCGCCAGACUGCUGAAACAAUUAUGAAACACAACACCAGUUGUCUUGGUCUGCAGGCUGUGUGGGACCCUUUACUUAAAGAGAAAAGCUUUGGGACAGCGGAGGGGGGGCGGGUGCAGGACCUGAGAGAGAUGGCCAAGGCAGCCGGGCAGACCUUCCUAGACUUCACCCCUCCAGAAGGGGAGACUCAGGAGCAGGUGAAGGAGCGGGUCAAAGAGUUUGUGGAGAAAAUGCUCCAGAAAAUUGGGGCCGAACACUGGCAGGACAGAGGGGUGGAGGAAACGAGCCCACCUGUUCCAGCAGAAACAAGUCCUGUGGAGGGGACGGCAGACGACGGGGUGAGGGGGGUCCCGGUCCACGCUCUGGUGGUCACACACGGGGCCCUCAUGUGUGUGGCCCUGCGCUUCUUUGUGGACGAGCUACAUUGCUCCGUGCCUCCGGGUUCUAGCAAAGAACAUGUGUUCUCAUUGAGUCCGAACACAGGUCUGUGUCGGUUCAUAAUCACCGUGAGAAAGGAGGAACACACGUUCAAACUGUCAGGGAUCCACUGUGUGUUCGUCCACCGAGGGGACCAUGUGCAGCAGUAGGAGCUGGAGGUGUUACAGAAAGGAAUAUGAGGGUAAGAGGAAAGUGAGACACACAAUGUGGAGAAACACAAACCUCAGAAUUGAUUCGUAGUUGUUCAAUACAAGCAUGUUUUGACAAGUUAAAUAUCAAAGAAAAAGAUGUAGGUCAAGUAUUUAGGUGCAGUUUAUUUUGAAGGAUGUCUUAAUCGAUAAUUUUUUCCUCCAUUCAAGUUAUUCGACUUCUGUUUUUGUUGUUAAUCACAACAUCAGAUAUUAAAGAGUCAUACCAAUACCAGUGAAAUUCCAUGAAACGCAAUACCAAAUUCAAUACAAGGAUGAAGGAAAUCAAAACAAUAAAUCCCAUGUUCUGUACUUCAACGUUUUGCAUAUUUAUUUAGUUAGGAAGUUGAAAAGAUAUCCAUUUUAAGUUGCUGAAAAAAUGAAUCCUUUUAACAAAUGUAUUUGUUUCUCAUAGCAAAAAUAUAACUGAAAAGAACAUGAACUCUUCAUAAUGUAAUUCAUGGAACCUUACUUGUUUAACCUGCUGCUAACGUCAACUUGUUUAAAAUGUAGCAUUAUCAAUAUAAAAAUGGACGCCGGUGGAAGAUCUCUGUAUCUUGGGACACAUAGUAUGAAACCCAGCCUGGAGUGGGGGAGUUUAAUAGUUUGAAAUCUUUAAAGCCAAUACUAAUCAGACAAAUAACGCCUUGAUCAGCUUCAAUACGAUUCUUUGAGAUCGAAUCGGGACAAUCCCUAUUCUUAAAAUCUCAAAAAAUCUAAAUAUAAUUUAGAAUGCUCGAAUAAUUAUUCAGAAAUCUAGUUUAAAACAAGAUAUGGAUUAAAUAUUAAAUGAACAAAUGUUGCCAGAUAUAUACAGCAGCAUACAACAAAAUGCAUUUAAUCCUGAGUCAUGCUUUGAGCACUAUGUUCCUGUCUGGCUGUUCAUUACUGUAAAAAUAGGCAGCUUCUGCGCUAAUGAGUCCAUGUUGCUAUAUUUACUCUCCGGAAGCUCACAGAACCUACGUAGGAGCACGGAGCAGAACUGCUGCCAUGUUGACUUUUUGGAAAUGAGUGACUCUGUCGGGAACUAACACUUUGGUCAGCAAGGGGCAAAUGUAUAAGACUGCAUACAUGCCAUAUUUGUUUUACUGUAGCAUGUAUGUUCACUCUACUGGUCAUCCCUCUCUGAAAUCAUUUAUCGACUACUGAACUGGAUUGUAUGCAAAACAAUGUACGUAUGCAAUGGCUCUUACUGCCGUGAUUACAUCAUUGAAAAUACUUUAUUAUAUCAAAUAAUGCUCUUAGACUAACAUUUGUCAUUACAUUUGUAUAAUUAAUAAAUGUGGCUUUUACAUGUGUCUGUUUGAAA